AUGUUUAGGAGCAAAAGGAAGCUAAAAGCCCCAGGCUUCACUGUGAAGGCCUCCAUGAAGAACAGUGUGGUCGAGGGUCCCCCAGCUGCAGGGGCUUUUCAGAAGCGCCCUUCCAAACCAACAACCUUUCGUUCCUUCUAUGAGCGUGGAGAGUUCCCAAUUGCACUACAGCAUAAGCCUGCACGCAACCGUAUCGUAUGGAAAGUUGAGAUUGAGAAGCUGGACUACCACCAUUACCUGCCCCUGUUCUUCGAUGGCUUAUGUGAGACAGUUCAUCCAUACGAGUUCUUUGCACGCCAGGGAGUCCAUGACAUGCUGGAGCACGGAGGGCCCAAGAUCCUACCUGUCAUCCCCCAGCUCAUCAUCCCCAUCAGGACUGCUCUGAACACAAGGAACCGCCAGGUGAUGGCCACCACCCUGAAAGUCCUGCAGCAUCUCGUGAUGUCUGGAGACAAGGUGGGAGAGGCUCUGGUGCCCUACUACAGACAGAUCCUCCCCAUUUUCAAUAUCUUUAAGAAUAUGAAUAUAAACAGUGGAGAUGGAAUUGAAUAUAGCCAACGGAAGAGAGAGAACAUUGGUGACCUGAUUCAGGAGACUUUGGAGAUGUUUGAGCGCUACGGAGGGAAUGAUGCCUUCAUAAACAUUAAAUACAUGGUGCCCACCUACCAGUCCUGCAUGAUCACCUGA